ACUCACUUUUUGAGAGAGAUCAAAUAUAUUUUUGUAAAAGUUUUAUUUACUUUCGUUCAAAAUGCGAAUUUACGGAAAUUUAUUAAAAAAGUUAUUCUAUACUUAUCAAAAUAAUAAUUUAGCACGAGUUUCAAGUGCGAUAAGUGGUGGUUAUCAUAUAAAUAGAAGAUUAUUAGUGACAACGCCGGUGGCAAAGACUGAUGUUGAAAUGGUGGAUAUAACCUUCGUGAGGUCGGAUGGUUCAAAAAUUGCGACGAAAGGAAAAAUAGGAGAUAAUUUGUUGGACGUUGUCGUAAAUAAUAACGUGGACCUGGAUGGAUUUGGUGCUUGCGAAGGAACUUUGGCGUGCUCAACGUGUCAUGUUAUCUUUAAGCAGAAGGAUUUUGACAUCAUCAAGGAAAAAUUGACAGAUGAAGAACUGGAUAUGCUGGAUAUGGCAUUUGGACUUUGUGAUACGUCCAGGCUAGGAUGUCAGGUGUGCUUGACGAAAGAAUUGGCUGGAGUGGAAGUUAAAGUACCUGAAGGGGUCAAUGACGCUAGGAGCAGCUAAUAAGAAAGAUAUUUUAAAUCUAGAAAUUGUGUGACAAGUAUAAAGUGCCAUAGAAUUGCCGUUGAGUAAAGGAAUUAAGACUUCAAACGAAUCUUUUGACACUAAUCGGAUAUAAGGUCGAGAUUUUAUAUUUUUAUCUUGUGUUUUAGCUUGACAAUCUCAUAUCUUUAGCCGAAAUAAAUUACGAUCUUAUAAAUCUAAAAA